AUGGUCACCCCAACCUUAUCUCAAGCCUCACCAGAAAGAGGUGACAAUAAUGAGGAGCCAGCUGAUCAUAUUAUGCCUCGUCGAUCCUCCAGAGUAAGAAAGCCACCUGGAUGGCAACUGAGUGGAAAUUGGGGGGAGAAACGGAAGGGGUAUCACGCCAUCACACGAUCGUCUGAGUUGUUCUUUCGUUCUGUUUGUUUGUUUUUACUUCUCUGUACACGUCCUUGUAAUCUGCCAUUAAACUACGUCUGCACAACACAGCAUUGUUUUGAUCAUGAGAAAUUGGUAAGAUUCACGCUAUCCGUGCGUAAGAAUUAUCAUAAAGUGCCGUAUCAUAACUGGUGGCAUGCGUUUAAUGUCGCGCACUGUAUGUACCGAAUGUUAGAUCAUGAACAGGAAAUAUUCACCGAGUUAGAGAGACAAGCGCUGAUUAUAGCUUGUAUAUGCCAUGAUUUAGAUCACCGUGGUUACACCAACCAGUUCAUGGUGAAAUAUGAGACGGCACUAGCGUCAUUGUAUUCGACAUCUGUUAUGGAACAACAUCAUUUCAACCAAACUGUCACUAUACUACAACAAGAUGGACACAAUAUAUUUGAUCAUCUCACUUCAGAUGUUUAUAAACAGGUAUUAGGGUACAUACGUCACUAUAUACUGGCAACAGAUCUGGCACAGUUCUUUUCAAACCAUAAGCAAGUCACUCGAUUCUGUGCUGAUCAAACAUUUAACAUUGAGAACACCUAUCAUAGGAAUAAGUUGCAAGCCAUCAUGAUGUCAGCAUGUGAUCUAAGUGCCUGUGCCAAGACAUGGCCUGUACAGAAAAAAACUGUAGAAAUCAUAUACGAAGAAUUUUAUGCACAGGGUGAUUUAGAAAAGAAGAAGGGUGGAGUGCCGCUGCCAAUGAUGGACCGUGAUAACGCACACAAUCUGCCAAAAGAACAGGUAAAUUUCCUCAGGAUAUUCUGUGAACCACUGUAUGGAACCCUUGCAGUCAUAUUUCCACAUCUGUCGCCAUUACUGGAAAACACUAAAGAUAAUAUACACAAAUGGGAUAAUCUAGCACAUGGUAGACCCACUACAAUGUGGGAAGUAGAGACAUCUAGAAUUGAAAAGGAUUGAUUACAUUCAGUAUAACGGCAUGAUACAAUAUCACCAUAAAAUAUUUUAUCAAG